GAAAACGAUCACAAAACAUCUGAAAGAAGCUCAAAAGAAUUGUGCUCAUACAAUUUCCUUGACUGACACCUUCACCACAGGCUUUGUCAUAGGCCCUAAAACUGUGGCCAGAGUGGUUAAUGAUCAGCUCAAUAAACUCUUAGGUAAACUAAAGACAGGCUCUGAUAAACAAAACUGCUUGGGGGUAAUCAGCAUGGACUUCCCCAGCCCGGACCUCAUCCAGAACAUCAUUGAGGUCAAUAGACAACCAGGAAGCGGUUCAUCUGAUCACCUAGUAGAGCCUGAACCAGCAGAGCCUGAACCAGUAGAGUCUGAACAAGCAACACCGGAAGAACCUGAACCAGCAGAGGCUGAGGCAGUAGCAGAGCCUGAUACGGUAGAGCCAGAACCAGUAGAGUCUGAACGAGCAGAGCCUGGGGAGGCUGAACCAUCAGGGAAGACUGAACCAGUAGAGCCUGAACCAGCAGAGAGAGAACCAGUAGAGCAUGAAGAAACUGAACUAGCAGGCCCUGAACCAGCAGAGCCUGAAGAGCCUGAACCAGCAAAGCCUGAGCCAGUAGAAGAGCCUGAAGCCGUAGAGCCUGAACCUUCAGGGAAACCUGAACCAGUAAAGCCGGAACCAGCAGAUGAAGAACCAGUAGAGCCUGAACCUUCAGGUGAACCUGAACCAUCAGAGCCUGAACCCGCAACGCCUGAAGAACCUAAACCACCAGAACCAGCAGAGCCUGAACCGUCAGGGGAGCCUGAACGAGUAGAGCUUGAAUCUGCAGAGCCUGAACCUGCACAUCCUAAACCCACAAAACCUGAACCAGCCGAGAGAGUACCAGCAGAGCAUGAAAAAACGGAAUUAGCCAGGCCUGAACCAGCAGAGCCUGAACCAGCAGAGCCUGAGCCAGUAAAAGAGCCUGAACCAUUAGAGCCUGAACAAGCAGAGCCUGAACCAGCAAAGGCAGAACAACUAGCAGACCAUGAAAAACCUAAACCAGCAGAUAGUGGUGUGCCUGAGCCAGCAGAGCCUGAGCUAGCAGAGCCUGAGCCAGUAGAGCCUGAACCAGCAGAUUCUGAAGCAGCAGACCCUGAACCAGUAGAACCUGAACCAGUAGAGCCUGAACCAGUAGAGUCUGAACCAGCAGCACCGGAAGCAUCUGAUCCAGCAGAGCCUGAACCGGUAGAGCCGGAACCUUCAGGAGAGUCUGAUCUAGUAGAGCCUGAAACAGAAGUGCCUGAGCCAGUAGAGCCUGCACACGCAGAUUCUGAACCAGCAGAGCCUGAAGCAGCAGAUCCUGAAAUAGCAGAGCCUGAACCAGCAGAGCCUGAACCAGCAGAACCUGAACCAGCAGCACUGGAAAAAUCUGAUCCAGCAGAGCCUGAACCGGAAGAGCCUGAACCAGUAGAGUCUGAACAUUCAGGGAAGACAGAACCAGCAGAGCCUGAUGCUGCACUGCCUGAACCCACAAAGCCUGAGCCAGCAGAACCUGAACCAGCAGAAAGAGAACCAGCAGAGCAUGAAGAAACAGAACUAGCAGGGCCUGAACCAGCAGAUCCUGAGCUAGUAGAAGAGCCUGAACCAUUAGACCCCGAAGAAGCAGAGACAGAACAACUAGCAGAGCAUGAAGAACCUAAACCAGCAGAACCUGGGCCUGCAGAAUCUGAACUAUUAGAGCCUGAACCAGCAGAGCCUGAGCCAGUAGAGCCUGCACCCGCAGAUUCUGAACCAGCAGAGCUUGAAGCAGCAGAUCCUGAAAUAGCAGAGCCUGAACCAGCAGAGCCUGAACUAGGAGAGCCUGAACCGGGAGAGUCUGGACCAUCAGCAACGGAAGAACCUGAUCCAGCAAAGCCGGAGCCAGUAGAAGAGCCUGAACCAGCAGAGCCUGAACCUUCAGGAGAGUCUGAGCUAGUGGAGCCUGAAACAGAAGCACCUGAACCAGCAGAGCCUGAGCCAGUAGAGCCUGCACACGCAGAUUCUGAACCAGCAGAGCCUGAAGCAGCAGAGCCUGAAGCAGCAGAGCCUGAAGCAGCAGAGCCUGAACCAGUAGAACCUGAACCAGGAGAGCCUGAACCAGAAGAGCCUGAACUGGAAGAGCCUGGACCAGGAGAGUCUGGACCAGCAGCACUGGAAGAAACUGAUCCAGCAGAGCCUGAACCGGUAGAGCCUGAACCAGUAGAGUCUGAACAUUCAGGGAAGACAGAACCAGCAGAGCCUGAUGCUGCACUGCCUGAACCCACAAAGCCUGAGCCAGCAGAACCUGAACCAGCAGAAAGAGAACCAGCAGAGCAUGAAGAAACAGAACUAGCAGGGCCUGAACCAGCAGAUCCUGAGCUAGUAGAAGAGCCUGAACAAUUAGACCCCGAAGAAGCAGAGACAGAACAACUAGCAGAGCAUGAAGAACCUAAACCAGCAGAACCUGGGCCUGCAGAAUCUGAACUAUUAGAGCCUGAACCAGCAGAGCCUGAGCCAGUAGAGCCUGCACCCGCAGAUUCUGAACCAGCAGAGCUUGAAGCAGCAGAUCCUGAAAUAGCAGAGCCUGAACCAGCAGAGCCUGAACUAGGAGAGCCUGAACCGGGAGAGUCUGGACCAUCAGCAACGGAAGAACCUGAUCCAGCAAAGCCGGAGCCAGUAGAAGAGCCUGAACCAGCAGAGCCUGAACCUUCAGGAGAGUCUGAGCUAGUGGAGCCUGAAACAGAAGCACCUGAACCAGCAGAGCCUGAGCCAGUAGAGCCUGCACACGCAGAUUCUGAACCAGCAGAGCCUGAAGCAGCAGAGCCUGAAGCAGCAGAGCCUGAAGCAGCAGAGCCUGAACCAGUAGAACCUGAACCAGGAGAGCCUGAACCAGAAGAGCCUGAACUGGAAGAGCCUGGACCAGGAGAGUCUGGACCAGCAGCACUGGAAGAAACUGAUCCAGCAGAGCCUGAACCGGUAGAGCCGGAACCUUCAGGAGAGUCUGAGCUAGUAGAGCCUGAAACAGAAGCGCCUGAACCAGCAGAGCCUGAACACGAAGAUUCUGAACCAGCAGAACCUGAACCAGAAGAGCCUGAACUGGUAGAUCCUCAACCAGGAGAAUCUGGACCAGCAGCACCGGAAGAACCUGAUCCAGCAGAGCCUGAGCCAGUAGAAGAGCCUGAACCAGCAGAGCCUGAACCAGUAGAGCCAGAACCUUCAGGAGAGUCUGAGCUAGUAGAGCCUGAACCAGUGGAUCCUGAACCGGCAAAGCCUGAGCCAGCAUUGCCUAAUUCCGCAGAGCCUGAACCAGCAGAGCCUGAACCAGCAAAGCCGGAACCAGCAGAACCUGAACCAGUAGAGCCUGAACCAGUCGAUCCUGAACCGGCAAAGCCUGAGCCAGCAUUGCCUAAUUCCGCAGAGCCUGAACCAGAAGAGCCUGAACUGGAAGAGCCUGGACCAGGAGAGUCUGGACCAGCAGUACUGGAAGAAACUGAUCCAGCAGAGCCUGAACCGGUAGAGCCUGAACCUUCAGGAGAGUCUGAGCUAGUAGAGCCUGAAACAGAAGCGCCUGAACCAGCAGAGCCUGAACACGAAGAUUCUGAACCAGCAGAGCCUGAAGCAGCAGAUCCUGGGGAGCCUGAACCAGCAGAACCUGAACCAGAAGAGCCUGAACUGGUAGAUCCUCAACCAGGAGAAUCUGGACCAGCAGCACCGGAAGAACCUGAUCCAGCAGAGCCUGAGCUAGUAGAAGAGCCUGAACCAGCAGAGCCUGAACCAGUAGAGCCAGAACCUUCAGGAGAGUCUGAGCUAGUAGAGCCUGAACCAGUCGAUCCUGAGCCAGCAAUGCCUAAUUCCGCAGAGCCUGAACCAGCAGAGCCUGAACUAGCAGAGCCUGAACCAGCAAAGCCGGAACCAUCAGGAGAGUCUGAGCUAGUAGAGCCUGAACCAGUCGAGUCUGAACCAGCAGAGCCUGAGCCAGCAAUGCCUAAUUCCGCAGAGUCUGAACCAGCAGAGCCUGAUCCAGUAGAGCCUGAACCAGUAGAACCUGAACCAAUAAAGCAUGGGGAGCUUGAACCCCCAGGGGAUCCUGAAGAACCUAAGGAAAAACCUAGGAAGAAGAAAUGUCAUAAGAAACAUAAAACUAACAUAUAAGUAUUAACAUACAAUUCAGUUAUUGUCCAAUGAAACUCAGACUUGUGCCCAAACCCCCCAAAAAUAUAUACAAUGUAAAAUCUUACAAACAUGUAUUUGUCUAGACUUCCAUUGUGUUCUGAGGCCAUGGUAAGAGGCAGCUAAAUAGACUGUAGUUGAUGUGUUGUGAGAUGAGAGUUCCACACUUCUAAUACAGUUUGAAACAAUUUACAGCAGAGGUGUCAAACUCAUUCCACAGAGGACCUAGAGUCUGCAGGUUAGACAACCAGUGGAGGGGAGUUCCUUACUAAUUAUUGACCUUAUUUUAUUCAUUAAGGACAAGGGAGGAGCAAAAACCCGCAGACAGUCGGCCGUCCGUGGAACGAGUUUGACACGUGAUACAGUUUAUCUGGUUCUUCUUUAUGUACAUUACAAUUACGGUUGGCUCUCUUCUUCAAUAUUACAUGUACAUUUCACCUUAAUAACAUUUGAAAUAAAGAUUAAACCAAUA